AUGGACGUUACGGUUGGUAAAGGGAAUGAGAAGGUUAUGAGUGGGGAAUCAGCAGCGCGUGCAAAAGAAGAAUUAGAAGAAGCUAGGGGGAUGGAUCUCGAAGAAGGUUGUCUUCGAACGAAGGCACAAGAUUUGUGCUGCCCGUGGCGUGUGGGACGAUGGGGGAAAGCUAAAAGGACCAGACGUAUAUUGGUGUCAUAUGUAGCAUGCGAGGAAACACAAGCUCCUGCUGUGUGA